CAGACCUGACAGUGCUGCAGCCAUGGGUGAGUGGGACUUCAUCGGUGGGUUCUUUAAAGACCUCCAGACCGAGUCGCCGAUGCUGGGUCGUUUCUGGCUCUUCCUCACGCUGGUGUUUAGGAUAGUGAUCCUGGGAACUGUGGCCAGUGACAUGUUUGAGGACGAGCAGGAGGAAUUUACCUGUAACACCCUCCAGCCAGGAUGUAAGCAGGUGUGUUAUGACUCGGCUUUCCCCAUCUCCCAGUACAGAUUCUGGGUGUUUCAUAUAGUCCUCAUCGCUACACCUUCUCUGCUUUACCUCGUGUACGCCACACAUCAGCAUAACAAGAGUGCCAACAACUCCUCAUCAAGUGAAAAGACCAGCAGGGAGAAGAGAGAAGAAAAAGCUUUAAGGGCGCUCUAUAUUAUCACUCUGAUCUUCCGCAUAGUGGCAGAAAUCGGCUUCUUAAUUGUCCAGUGGUAUCUCUACGGCUUCGAGGUGGAGGCCCAUUUCCCAUGUGACCGAUUUCCCUGCCCCCACACUGUGGACUGCUUCACCUCCCGACCUGCAGAAAAAACAGUCUUCCUCCUCUUCUACUUUGCUGUAGGGGUGAUAUCAGCAUUUUCCAGCGUUGUGGAGCUUUUCUACAGCUCUGCGAAGUGGUUUUGCUCAAAACAGAAGAAAUUGAAAUAUGACCAAUGUGACUGCGAGAACCUCCACAACCUCAAGAAAGAGGAGACAGAGGAGAAAGCAGCAGUACAGAUGAUGUCAGAAAGCACGGCCAGCAGUGUGAGAGCAAAGGAGGGAUCAGUGAGAAGCAGCUACAGUCGAAAGGUCUACAGCAGUGGUCACAAGUGCAAAAGCCCACCAGGAAAAUAUGUGAGCGCCUCGAGGCUUACAUUGUGAGAGGACUGACUCCAAUCACACUAUGUGUGAUUCAGAUUCUUUUCUAUUUUAAACCUGUGACUACAUCUCUAACUCCAUUUCAUUUGAAAUGAUUUCACUGUUGAUGUGUUAAACAGUAUUUACAGUGGGACACUUCACAAGGAUUGUUUGGAAAAUGAGAUAAGAAAACACUGAUCAUAAGAAGGAUGCAUGCAAGACAUUGUUGUUUCUGGUAAAUGAUUAAAGGCUGCAAACAGCUCAGGAAGGAAACAUUUUCUGGACUACGCUUGAUAAACUUGUUUAAUGCUGACUGUUUUGUUUGUAACUGUGUCCCUUUUGUAGCUGCCAGAGGCAGAAACUCUGACUCAGCAGAGGAUUCAGGUUGUACUGAUAGGAAAAAUAAGCACAUCAGCCUUUCAGAGAAAAUGAAUAUUAAUUUUACAGUUCAUGGUGAGCCACACUGACUCAAUUUAGAUGUUUUUUUCUUGACUAGAUCUCAAAUCGUUCUUAUUUUGCUCACCAACAAUCAGCAGUAUCAAUAAAAAAAAAUAAGCACAUGGACUUUGAACCAUUAUAGUUUCCAAGGUAAAAGCUGACGUUCAAAACAUUGGAGCUGAAUUUAUUUUAAAUUGCUGAAUGUUUGGUGAAAAAAAACAGUUGAAUGAGCUGAAAUAUAAACAUGUUAAAAGCUAAAAUUCCCAGAGACGAAGUUUCAAAGUUGGAAAAUAAUUGAA